UGAUAUAAAGGCAGAAGAUAUAGAGGGAGAAGAAAAGACGUAUGUGACUGAUAUAAAGGCAGAAGAUACAGAGGGAGAAGAAGAGACGUAUGUGACUGAUAUAAAGGCAGAAGAUAUAGAGGGAGAAGAAGAGACGUAUGUGACUGAUAUAAAGGCAGAAGAUAUAGAGGGAGAAGAAGAGACGUAUGUGACUGAUAUAAAGGCAGAAGAUAUAGACAGAGAAGAAGAGACAUAUGUGACUGAUAUAAAGACAGAAGAUACAGAGGGAGAAGAAGAGACAUAUGUGACUGAUAUGAAGGCAGAAGAUAUAGAGGGAGAAGAAGAGACGUAUGUGACUGAUAUAAAGGCAGAAGAUAUAGAGGGAGAAGAAGAGACUUAUGUGACUGAUAUAAAGGCAGAAGAUAUAGAGGGAGAAGAUGAGACGUGUGUGACUGAUAUAAAGGCAGAAGAUAUAGAGGGAGAAGAAGAGACGUAUGUGAGGGGUGAUCAGCAGUGUAAGGAGGAGGAGAUCCCUACAGAUAUCAGCACAGCAGAUGGACACACAAACAGGAAUAUCACAGAAGGACAUCUAAUGUUAUCCCCGGAUUGUGACCUAAAAGAAAAUGAUAGUAGACCUGAUUCUCCAGGAGAUAAUCCCAUUACCCCAAUUAUACAUCCAGCUCUAUCAGCUGGUCUCUCUGAUCCUGGGAAAUGUUCUCCUGAUCACUCUGAUAUUGGAGCAUCUGUUACAGCUCUGAGAGUAGAUACAGUGUUUCCCUGUUCUAUAGAUGCCAAAUGUUUUACACAGAAUACAAAGCUUAUUACCCAUCAGCCAGCUAAGGCAAGUGAGAGGCCAUUUCCAUGUUCUGAGUGUGGGAAAUUUUUUACACACAAAUCAGCUCUUGUUACACAUCAGAGAAGUCACACAGGUGAAAAGCCAUAUUCCUGUUCUGAGUGUAGGAAAUGUUUUCCACGGAAAUCAGAACUUGUUACACAUCAGAGAAGUCACACAGGUGAGAAGCCAUAUUCCUGUUCUGAGUGUGGGAAAUGUUUUGCACAGACAUCAGCUUUUGUUACACAUCAGAGAAGUCACACAGGUGAGAAGCCAUAUACCUGUGCUGAGUGUAGGCAAUGUUUUCCACGGAAAUCAGAUCUUGUUACACAUCAGAGAAGUCACACAGGUGAGAAGCCGUACUUCUGUUCUGAGUGUGGGAAAUGUUUUGCAUGGAAAUCAAAUCUUGUUACACAUCAGAGGAGUCACACAGGUGAGAAGCCAUAUUCCUGUUCUCAGUGUGGGAAAUGUUUUGCAUCGAAAUCAUAUCUUGUUACACAUCAGAAAAGUCACACAGGUGAGAAGCCAUAUUCCUGUUUUGAGUGUGGGAAAUGUUUUGCAUAUAAAUCAAAUCUUGUUACACAUCAGAGGAGUCACACAGGUGAGAAGCUAUUUUCCUGUUCUGAGUGUGGGAAAUGCUUUACAUAUAAAUCAUAUCUUGUUACACAUCAGAGAAGUCACACAGGUGAGAAGCCAUAUUCCUGUACUGAGUGUGGGAAAUGUUUUGCAUUGAAAUCAAUUCUUGUUACACAUCAGAGAAGUCACACAGGUGAGAAGCCAUAUUCCUGUACUGAGUGUGGGAAAUGUUUUGCAUUGAAAUCAAUUCUUGUUACACAUCAGAAAAGUCACACAGGUGAGAAGCCAUAUUCCUGUUCUCAGUGUGGGAAUUAUUUUGCACAUAAAUCAAAUCUUGUUACACAUCUGAGAAGUCACACAGGUGAAAAGCCAUAUUCCUGUUCUGAGUGUCGGAAAUGUUUUGCACGGAAAUCAGAUCUUGUUACACAUCAGAGAAGUCACUCAGGUGAGAAGCCAUAUACCUGUGCUGAGUGUGGGAAAUGUUUUCCACGGAAAUCAGAUCUUGUUUGUGCGGUCCACCUUACUUCCGUACUGUGCGUUCCACAUACAGGAAGUGAGUUUUCGUCGACUGUUGCAGCCUCCCAGUGUCCGUGGAGAUCAGGCUCUUCCACAGAUACGGAGACAGUUCCACCCGAGGGGGAGUAUAUAGACGAGCACAGGGGUCUGUACAAGGACGUGAUGAUGGAGAAUCACCGCCCCCUCACAUCACUGGAUGGGCACAGUAACAGAGAUACCCCAGAGAGAUGUCCCCGUCCUCUGUAUUCCCAGGACUGUACAGAGGAGAAUCACAGGACCCCACAGGAGGAUCAGGUAGAACAUCUUUCUCGUAUAAAGGCAGAAGCUAUAAGGAGAAAAGAAGAGACGUAUGUGACUGAUAUAAAGGCUGAAGAUAUAGAGGAAGAAGAGGAGACGUAUGUGACUGAUAUAAAGGCAGAAGAUCUAGAGGGAGAAGAAGAGACGUAUGUGAUUGAUAUGAAGGUAGAAGAUACAGAGGGAGAAGAAGAGACGUAUGUGACUGAUAUGAAGGCAGAAGAUAUAGAGGGAGAAGAAGAGACGUAUGUGACUGAUAUGAAGGCAGAAGAUACAGAGGGAGAAGAAGAGACGUAUGUGACUGAUAUGAAGGCAGAAUAUACAGAGGGAGAAGAAGAGACAUAUGUGACUGAUAUGAAGGAAGAAGAUACAGAGGGAGAAGAAGACCCGUAUGUGAGGUGUGAUCAGCAGUGUAAGGAGGAGGAGAUCCCUACAGAUAUCAGCACAGCAGAUGGGCACACAAGCAGGAACAUCUCAGAAGGACAUCUAAUGUUAUCCCUGGAUUCUGAAAUAACCGAUAACGACAGUAGACAGGAUUCUCCAGGAGCUAACCCCAUUACCCCAAUUAUACAUCCAGCUCUAUCAGCUGAUCCCCCUGAUCCUGGGAAAUGUUCUCCUGAUCACUCUGAUAUUGGUGCAUCUGUUACAGCUCUGACAGUAGAUACAGUGUUUCCCUGUUCUAUAUAUGCCAAAUGUUUUACACAGAACACAAAGCGUAUUACCAAUCAGCCAGCUAAGGCAGGUGAGAGUCCAUUUCCAUGUUCUGAGUGUGGGAAAUGUUUUACAUAUAAAUCAUAUCUUGUUAUACAUCAGAGAAGUCACACAGGUGAGAAGCCAUAUUCCUGUUCUGAGUGUGGGAUAUGUUUUACACGGAAAUCAGUUCUUGUUAUACAUCAGAGAAGUCACACAGGUGAGAAGCCGUAUUCCUGUUCUGAGUGUGGGAAAUGUUUUGCACUGAAAUCACAUCUUGUUCCACAUCAGAGAAGUCACACAGGUGAGAAGCCAUUUUCCUGUUCUGAGUGUGGGAAAUGUUUUUCAUCGACAUCACAUCUUGUUAUACAUCAGAGAAGUCACACAGGUGAGAUGCCAUUUUCCUGUUCUGAGUGUGGGAAAUGUUUUUCAUCGACAUCACAUCUUGUUAAACAUCAGAGGAGUCACACAGGUGAGAAGCCAUUUUCCUGUUCUGAAUGUGGGAAAUGUUUUUCAUGGACAUCAGAUCUUGUUAGACAUGAGAGAAGUCACACAGGUGAGAAGCCAUAUUCCUGUUCUGAGUGUGGGAUAUGUUUUACACAGAAAUCAGCUCUUGUUAUACAUCAGAGAAGUCACACAGGUGAGAAGCCAUAUUCCUGUUCUGAGUGUGGGAUAUGUUUUACACAGAAAUCAGCUCUUGUUAGACAUGAGAGAAGUCACACAGGUGAGAAGCCAUUUUCCUGUUCUGAGUGUGGGAAAUGUUUUUCAUCGACAUCACAUCUUGUUAUACAUCAGAGAAGUCACACAGGUGAGAUGCCAUUUUCCUGUUCUGAGUGUGGGAAAUGUUUUGCACACAAAUCAUAUUUUGUUAUACAUCAGAGAAGUCACACAGGUGAGAUGCCAUUUUCCUGUUCUGAGUGUGGGAAAUGUUUUUCAUCGACAUCACAUCUUGUUAGACAUCAGAGGAGUCACACAGGUGAGAAGCCAUUUUCCUGUUCUCAGUGUGGGAAAUGUUUUACACGGAAAUCAGUUCUUGUUAAACAUCAGCGAUUUCACAGAUGAGAAGCCAUUUUCAUGCUGUGAGAGAAAUAAAUCUGCUCUUGUUGAACAUAUUAGACAUUACCCAAGUACGGAACCAUUUACAUCUUCUGGAGUAUAAUUAUCACUGCCGUCCAAUGUUCCUCAAGGGUGAAUCCGAUCUCUUAUGCUUUAUAAAAUAUACAUGCUACCACUGGGUGAUAUAAUCAGACAUCAUGGCCUGGUCUACCACUGCUAUGCAGAUUGCCUGCUUUUUGCACCAUGUACUGAGAACGUAAUACCAAUCCUAAAUGGUUGUCUAGCUGAGCGCCUGGGGUUGAUGAUGCCAGUUGGCUGUGACUCAGUCUUUGUGAAACAUAAUAGAAGCUCACCAACAAAGGACAAGACUACAGCUUUACCAACCAUCUGGAUUUUUGCUUUGGUGUUCAGAAUUGCAAAAUACUAAACAUGUGCUGAAUCUUUGUGUUGUCCUGGUAUGUGGCUGACACAGACAUCAGGUAUCUGCCACAUACUAAUCCUAAUUCUUCCAUCUGUGGACCAUAGCCAGAAUCAAGCACUUGAUUCCCUCAGAAGUUCAUAGACUACUGCAAUGCCAUCUACCUGGGUCACCCAGCAAAAGAAUUACAGAGCUUGCAGCUAGUACAGAAUGCAGCAGCAAAGCUGUUACCUAACCAGCUCAUUCCUGCCACAUAACACCCAUUCUCUACUCCCUUCACUGGCUGCCUGUAAGAUGACAAAUCUAUUUCAUAAUUGGCUAACUGACCUUCCCAGCCCAACAUUACAUGGUCCAAGGUACUAGAAGCAGCUUCUGCCUCCUUACUGCCCUGCUUGCUUGCUUGCUUCUACAGAUGGACUGUUACCAGCAGUACCAAGAAUCUCCUGUCAUUCAUUUAUGGGUUGAACGUUUAGCUUUGACCAUGGAACUCACUGCCUUGCACAGUCCAAGAGGCCUCCACUCUAGAGACCUUCACAAACAGACUGAUGACUGCUACUCACACUUUUCAUUAAUGUACCUCUAUUUACUUCCUAAAUAAUACAUCCCAAAUGCUUAGGUCUUUUUUCUACUGUUUAUUUUGUAUCUUGUGCUUUGUGUAAAUGUGAAUGUCUAAUACCAGUUUGCACAAUCUGUAUUGCUGCACGACAAUAUGGCGGCCAUUGGAACGUGUUUUCACUUCUAGUUUGCCUAACUUGUUGCAGACACUCAUCUUGAUAAGGAGUGUCUGAGUGUUUUCAGAUACAAGAUCCUGUCCAUAUAUACCCUGUACAUUAUCAUGUGCAUUAGAGUCACCCGGGUUCCAUCUGCGGUGGUUUGUUGUAUGUUACAUCUAUAUGAUGCGGAUACUCCCCUGUGUUUCAUAAUAAAAGCUUUUGUUUGCAUCUAAUUAUUACAUUAAAGCUUUUAUUUUUUAUUCUG